AUGGAUGAUCGAUCGUGGAUGUAUCGUCGUCUUAUGGAUGGUCGCCUUCGUCCUGAAUACAUUACCGGUGUUAGAAGAUUUAUCAAUUUUGCAUUUUCAAUUGAUAAAAAUAUAUCUGGGGGAAAAAUUAGAUGUCCUUGUGUGAGGUGCAAAAAUCAAAAGUUUUUAAAGGAAGAUGAUGUUUGUAAACAUCUAUUGACAAAAGGUUUUUUACCUUGUUAUGAAAAUUGGACUGUACAUGGGGAGCCUUAUGUUGCAGAACCAAUAUUGGCUGGACCUUCAUCGAUUGGAAUGAGUCAUGUUGUGAAUGAUGUUUGUCUAGAGAAUCCAUAUAGGAAUCUGGUUAUGGAUGCAGUGGGGGUUGGUGAUGCAUUCUACAAUGAUAAUGUGUCUAGUCCUGUGGUAGCAGGGAAAAUUCCAAAUCCGGAGGCAACUAAAUUUUUUAAGCUUUUGAAAGCUGCGGAGGAGCCAUUGUGGGAUGGGUGUACCAAGCAAUCCAAAUUAUCUGCUUGUGUACAAUUGCUUAAUAUGAAGUCAACUUUAAAUUUGACUCAGAAUGCCUUCAACAAUUUCAUUGACUUUACAAAAAGUUGCAUGCCUAAUGAUGAAAAUUUGGUUUUAAAUUUUUAUGAUGCCAAGAAAUUUAUGCGGCCACUUGGACUUGGUUAUGAGAAAUAUGAUGUGUGUCCUAAUUACUGUAUGCUAUACUAUGGGGCAGAUGCAAUGAAAAUAAAUUGUGAUUUUUGUGGAAGUUCACGAUACAAACCUAGAAAUCCAACUAGUAAAGGUUCCAAUAAGGCGGAGAAGCAACUCCGAUACUUUCCUCUAACACCAAGGCUUCAGAGACUAUUCAUGUCCCCAUAUCAUGCCAAAGAUAUGACAUGGCAUCAUUUUCAUAAGUCUGAUAAUGGGGUUAUGGUGCACCCAUCUGAUGGGGAGGCAUGGAAGGAGUUUAAUCGUGUCCACUUAAGCUUUGCAUCAGAUCCGAGAAAUAUUCGGUUAGGGUUGUGCACUGAUGGGUUUUGUCCAUUUGACAUGUCUUCAAAUACAUACUCUUGUUGGCCAGUAAUUGUGACUGUUUAUAAUUUGCCUCCGUGGAAGUGCAUGACUAGACCAUUCAUGUUUUUGACAAUGAUGAUUCCUGGGCCAAAGAAUCCGGGUAAAAAGCUUGAUGUUUUUCUAAGACCUUUGAUUGAUGAGUUAAAGAAUUUGUGGUUUUUUGGUGUUGAAACAUAUGAUGUAUACAGAAAGGAAAAUUUUCAAUUAAGGGCAGCUUUGAUGUGGACCAUUAGUGACUUUCCAGCAUAUGGCAUGUUAUCGGGGUGGAGUACUCAUGGAAAUCUGUCUUGUCCUUAUUGUAUGGAGCAUAGCAAGGCUUUUAGAUUAAAAAAUGGGGGGAAAACUACAUUUUUUGAUUGUCAUCGACGAUUCCUACCCAUGGACCACCCAUAUAGAUUUCAAUAUGAUAAGUUUUUGAAAGGAGUAAUUGAAAGGCUUCCUCCUUUACCUCGUCCAUCUGGUUUGGAAAUGUUAAAUGAAGUGUCCAAGUAUACUGAGGGACAUAAUGGAGGUUCAUCAUAUAAUGAUAAAAUUCCUGGCUUUGGUGUUAAGCACAAUUGGGUGAAGAAGAGCAUUUUCUGGGAGCUUCCAUAUUGGCAUACAAAUUUGAUUCGUCAUAAUCUUGAUGUCAUGCAUAUUGAGAAAAAUGUCUUUGACAACAUUUUUUAUACAGUAAUGGAUUGUCCGAAUAGAAGUAAGGACAAUUUAAAGGCUAGGUUGGAUAUUCAAUUGUAUUGUCAGAAGCCAAAUUUACAUUUGCAACAAGAUAUGAGUGGUCGGCUUUACAAACCUAAAGGCACUUAUUGUCUAUACAAGAAACAACAACAAGAAGUUUUGUCAUGGAUGAAGGAAUUAUCAUUUCCUGAUGGUUAUGCUUCAAGCAUUUCACGAUGUGUGAAAGAGGCACAAUGUAAGGUUUCAGGGAUGAAGAGCCAUGAUUGUCAUGUCUUCAUUCAAAGACUUCUUCCAACCGCUUUCCGACCUUACUUACCUAGGCCACUGUGGGAGGCAUUAACUGAACUGUCCGUAUUUUUCCGAGAUAUUUGUUCAACAAAUUUAAAUGCUCAGCACAUGGAGUUAAUGCAGAUGAAUAUAAUCGAAAUAAUUUGCAAACUUGAAAGGAUUUUUCCUCCAUCCUUCUUUGACUCCAUGGAACACUUGACGAUACAUCUACCUUAUGAGGCAAAAGUUGGUGGACCAGUUCAAUAUCGAUGGAUGUAUCCAUUUGAACGGCAAUGUCGACAAGAGCUAAAGUCACAACAACCACAUGCGAGUGAUGGUGAAAUUGAAAAAUUAUGCGAAGUGAUCUUUCCAAAUUGGUUAAAAAAUAAUGUGGAAUACCAAUCUAAUGGAAUUGAAAAUCAGCUCUUUGGACUUGCUAUGGGCCCUUCAACUUCAGUGAAAUGUUAUAAUGGCUAUUAUGUGAAUGGUUUUAAAUUUCAUACUCAACGUUAUGGUCGUUUUAAAAAGACAAUGAAUAGUGGAGUUUGUGUGAAAGGAAGUUGCUAUGAUGAUAAUGAACGUGAUUAUUAUGGAAUGCUUAAAGAAGUUGUUCGGCUAAAAUACUUGGGGAGUAAGUGCAAGUUAUUUAUGUUUAAAUGUAAUUGGUAUGAUACAAAACGAGGGAUUAGAGUGCAUCCUUCGAAUGGUUUGGUUGAAAUCAAGCAUACAUCUCGACUACACGGAAAUGAUGAUUUUGUGUUAGCACAACAAUGUCAACAAGUCUACUAUACAUAUCCACCUGGUAAUAAAUCAUCUGAAUGGUGGACGGUUAUUAAGACAACUGCUAGAAGUCGUUAUAAUGUUGACAUGGGUGAAUUUAUUGAAGAUGCCAACAAUGUGAGAUCAUUUGAUGUUGAUCAAUCAGAUGAGAUUUCUCAAUCAUGUCGUGUCUUUCCUACUCAAACACUUGAUGAUCCAAAUAUACUUGUUGAACCAUCUUAUUAUGAAGAAAUCGGGCAACAUGAAUUGAUUCAACUUGACAUGAAUUGGGGAAACAAAGAUGAUGAAGAUGAAGAUGAAGAUGAAGAAGAAGAAGAUGAUGGUGAUGGUGAUGGUGAUGGUGAUGGUGAUGGUGAAGAAGAAGAAGAAGAUGAUGAUGAUGAGGAUGAUUGUUAUGGUGGUGAUGGUUAGGAAUGAUGAUAAUAAUGAGUAGCACAAGUUAAUUAUAUUUUGUAGUAUAUGUAAUGAAUUAUCUUUAUUAUAUGUAUGCAUGAUUUCAUAUUAUUUGACAAUAUUUAGGCUGUCAAUGUUUUUU